GAUGUGUGUCGAAUACUCGCCGGGAACAAUACAAAUUGCGGACGCAAAGAAAUAAGUUUUUGAGUUGAUUAACGGUAAAAAGAAAUUACAAUCAUUAAUAACAAAGGUUUUCAGUGGAAGCAACAAGUUUGUGUCAUGGUAUUUUUGUUGUUGUUGUUAAAUAACGUAAAACCAAUUUAAAAUCAAUAAAGCAUUAAUAAGAAAAAUCUAUUAAAUAAAUAAACUAAAUAAAAAAAAUAAUUAAACAGAUGUUAUUGGAAGACCACACGUGGCUAGGAGGAAGAUUAAUAUAUUAAACAUCGAUUUGUAAUGGAUUUUUUAUUGUAAUAAUAAAUAAAACGAAAGUCCACCAACCAACAAAAAAAAAUAAUAAUUUAAUUAUAAUAAAAACAGUGACAACAACAACAACAGCAUCAUCAACAUAAUUAACCACAACUACUGGAACAAAGGAGUCAACCGAGUAACAAUCUGUUAAAAUUGAAUUUAAUUCAAGGUAAAAUUUCAAACCAAAUAAAAUCUGACAUUUUCUGUUUGCUUUGUUGCAUGCCACCAACAUACAAAUUCCACAAAAGUCGUGGUUGAAGUGUAUAGAAAGACACAUUUUUACACUCUAGACUAGAAAAAGAAGAAGAAGAAAAAAAAAUACAACGACAUUGAUAGCAACACAGCAACAACAGCAGCAGCAACAAUAACAAAAUUAUGGAUGCACCCGAUUUGCGUGCAUUAGUUGACAGUUUUACGGAUGGCAGAGUCACCGAUCUGUCCGAUGCAUUUGCAAACUUUUCAACGGAAAUGUUACAGCAGGCGAAUGCUCUAUUGGCGGCAACAGCAACAUCCACUAAUGGUCUCCUUGACACUGACACCAAUACGGAUGCAAUAAUACAUUUGGAGGAUAUUGAAGUGGCGGCAGCGUUGGCGCUAAGUAACACAGAUACUCUGGUUAAUCGAACCCUCGAAAUGCAGUGUUUGCGACAACAGCAACAGGAUGAACGUACUGCCGCCAAUUCCUUAACCAGCCCUGCGAAUUUCAUAUCCUGCCCUGUAUCAUUUGAUUCGGUACUCUGUUGGCCACGUACACCUGCCGGCACUUGGGCCAUAUUGCCUUGUUUUGAGGAAUUCAAAGGUGUUCAUUAUGAUAGUACACAAAAUGCAACACGUUUCUGUUUUCCCAAUGGCACAUGGAAUAAUUACUCCAACUAUGAUAAAUGUCAUCAUGCCGUUGAAAUGCCAGCUGUACCAGAUUUUGCACCCGGCAUUGAGUUGCCCGCUUACAUCUACUGUUGCGGUUAUUUUAUAAGUUUUGCUGCUUUAGUUUUAGCUUUAAUUGUCUUUUUAUGUUUUAAAGACUUGAAAUGCCUUCGUAAUACAAUUCAUGCGAAUCUAUUUUUAACUUAUAUACUCUCAGCAUUAUUAUGGAUAUUGACAUUAUUUUUACAAGUGAUGACAGAUCAUGCUAGUCCGGCUGGUUGUAUAACAUUGGUCAUGAUGUUUCAUUAUUUUAAUUUAACGAAUUUCUUUUGGAUGUUUGUUGAAGGUCUCUAUUUGUAUACUUUGGUAGUACAAACAUUUUCUAGUGAUAAUUUAGGAUUUCUACAAUACGCUUUAAUUGGCUGGGGUUGUCCGGCUAUUAUAAUUUUUGCCUGGUCUAUUGCCAAAGUUUAUGCGCCACCGUUGGAUAGUGGUAGUUUUAAUGGGUUGGAUAUAGAAUGUUCCUGGAUGCGUGAAUCUCAUAUUGAUUGGAUAUUUCAAGGACCUGCCUCUUUAGUUUUAACACUUAAUUUAAUAUUUCUUAUACGUAUAAUGUGGGUGCUUAUAACAAAAUUACGUUCGGCCAAUACCUUGGAGACAAGACAAUAUCAUAAAGCUUCGAAAGCAUUAAUGGUAUUAAUACCAUUGUUUGGCAUUACAUACCUAUUGGUAUUGGUUGGACCGGAACAGGGCAUUAGUCGUAAUUUAUUUGAAAUUACAAGAGCCUUUUUAAUAAGUACCCAAGGCUUCUUUGUCUCCUUAUUCUUCUGUUUCCUCAACUCGGAGGUACGUCAAACACUGCGUCAUCGUUUUGUUAGAUGGCGUGACAAUCGCAACCUGAGACGUGGCAGUUCUAAUAGGAAUCGCAGACAUCGUUUAUCCAAAGACUAUUCACAAAGAUCAAGAACUGAAAGUUUACGAUUAACUUCUACAACAAGUCCUAUAACAACUGUACAUUUUGAAUAAAUGUGAUUUUGAUUUGCCUUUGUUAAAUAUUGAAAUUUAAGUAUAAAUAUAAAAAUUUAAAAAAAAAUUUGUUUGUGUAAACGAAGAACGAAUAAAUAUUUAGAAACUAAUCUCUUUUUUGUAUUAUAAAACAAAGAAAUAUUCAUAAAUUAUAAAGUUUUGAAAUUAACUAAAAAGGUUAACAGUUUUUAGCUUAAGUACCUUAGUAAAACUGUAAAUUGACGAAAAAAUUGUGAUUUUGCUUGCCCACCAAAGAGUCUCAUGGCGUAUGAGUGAUAUUUGUGAAAUCACUAGAACAUGUGUAACACUCAUACGCCUUGCUGUUGAUAAAAACAAUGUUUUGUAUGUAGUUAAUAUUUUUAAAUGAAUAAACUUGUAAAUUUUAUAAAAACAUACAAAAUUGUAUUUAAUUUUGUAUUUGUUUAACAAAAACAAUUUUUUGUAAAAAAAAAAAAUAAGUAAUAAACUAUUUAAUUUAAACGUUUUUUUAGCAUGUUUAUAAAAUUUUGUAUGUAUUUUCUUAAAGUAUUUUUGUAAAUGUAUCUAAACUAUUAUUAAACAUAUAUUUAAUUUUAUUUAAAAAAAUAAUAAAUUUCAGUUGAUAAUGUCUUUUACCACAUACU